AUGGUUAAAGCUUCACCUGAAUCCAAGGAGGAUAUAGCUAAUACUCCACCUAAAAAUACCCUCGCUAAAGAGGAAAAAGAAUCUAACCUAAAUGAAGAUACUUAAGCGAAAUCCAAGGAGAAAAAAACUAAGGCAAUUAAAAAAGACAAGGACUUGUCUGCAGAUGGUUCAACUAACAAUUCUUCUCCAGGAAAAGAAUCUAAAGAUGAAAAGAAGAAAAGCAGUAGUGGCGCUGCUUCUAAGGAAUAAGUUGAAGAGAUAAAGGUCAAAUAUAAUAAAUUGAAGAAAAAGUAUAGAUAUCUGACUGAAGAAUACUCUAAAUUGCUUGAAUCUUGGGAGUAAGGCACCAAGUCUAUGAAGAUAAUUUUAGAGGAAAGAAAGUUUUUGAAAAAGAAAUUAGAUGCAUUUUUGAAGAGUUAGCAUUCUAUAGAUGAUCAAAUAUUUAAAUAAAAUGGAUAAGAAUCACUAAAUAAGUAAGGAAUCACUGGUGGGUAAUAAGAUAAUCAAUCUUCUGCUCCUAAAAUAGAAAAUAAAAUGUAAAUGAAUAAUAUGAACAAACCACCAGCUCCUAAUCCAAAUAUUUCAUAACAAAACGGAGGAAUGAAACCAGGAAUGCCAAUGUCAGCAUAAAUGUAGCAAUAAAAGAAACCUCCAGUGAUGAACGGAGUUCCAACUACAUACGCCCCAAAUAUUUAACAAUAAAGACCUCCAUAGACUACGCCAGGCUAUUAAAGCAAUUCUUACUCUCAUGGAGGUUCUUAUGGUGGCUAAUACUAAAAUUAAGGGCUUGUGAAUAGAUAAAACACUCAGGGAGGCCCUUAAUCCAGUGGGCUUGGAUCAAGUGCUAGCACUGCCAAUAACGGCAUAUCAUCUUCAAUUAACUCUGUAUAUAAUAGCAAUAGUGGGACUAAUCAAAUGAACUAUUAUCAAAAUGGAGCACCUGGGGGCUAAAGUCAUGGAAUGGGAAAUAGUGGUCCAAGCUAUUCCUCGACCAUGGGAAAUUCUGGUAACACCGAUGCCUAGAUUGUAGAUUUCACUAAAGAGCAGAGCGAACUUAUUCUUUUCAACACGAAAUCCUCAUAUUCGGAUCCUUCGGAAAAUGAUGAAUUCUAUGAUUCAGCCCCUAUAAGGCUUCUCAAUCGCAACCUGAAAAGAGACUACAAAUAAAAUCUAUUCGCCUACUAGCUUUGUAGUUUUUAUCUUGGAUUUUUUACAUAUAUGGGCUGGAGUACUGUCACAGGUUAUGCUAAUAAUAUAUCCUCAGUUUUUAACAAAGAUCAUCUAUCUAUGUCUGCAUUUAUGGCAUUUGUAAGAUUGCUCCAUAUUCAAGUACUAUUCUCAAUAAGCUAUUCAAUUAAGAUUUGGGCUUUCACCUUGACUUCACUAAUUGCUUACUUGCUUCUAGGUAUAUCUAUUCUUCACAAAGAAGAGGAAUUCGCUUUUGAGUUAUGCCUACUAUCAUGCUCUCUUCAUGGUGUCGCUCAUGCAUUUGGAGAGUCUGUUUUGCUUGGAUUCUUUAAGUUUUUCCCAUCGGAUGCAGUUUACAUGUUUGCAACUGGAACAGGAUUUUCAGAGCUUUUCUCAUUAAUUUUCAUCCUCUUAAUCUUAAAUAUUGGUGUUUUCUUUGGGUUUGUAUUUAUUUUGCUAUCGCUUCUAGUAAUACCAUUUGCUUUUGGAUUUCAAUGGAUUAAUAAUAAAAAAAGGACAUUAAUUGGAUCCAAUUAAGACCUUUACCUUAAGUAUGGACUUGAUUAAGAUUAAAAUCCCUAAGCAUCCUUUGUGCCAAAAAAUGAUUCAAGCGAGGCUAGCAAAAAUAAUGAAGAUUAAUUUGUUGCAGAGGAUGAUGAUGAAAAUUAGAAGACAUUACUAUCUAAGAUUAGUAACACUACUACUUUCUUAGCUAAUAAAAUAAGAAAUGUUAAUUUUUCAAAGCAUAUGAAAAAGGCGUUAUCUAAAAAUCAUUAUAGAAUGAAAAAUAUAUGGAGGGUGUUCUGGUAAAUCAAGAGAAUUUUCUUCAAUUAGUUUAUGGUAACCCUCACUAGUGAUUUCAUAAUAUCAUUCUUGAUCUACUAUCAGGUGCAGUUUAAGAUUUAAUCACUUGAUGAUAAAGUACCUGGCAAAUUUAUGUAUACUAAGGAAUUCGUGACUAAGUAUGAAUUCUUAUUGCUUUAAAUCGCUAAUUCUGUUGGUGCUUUCAUUGCAAGAUCAUAAACCAACAUAGUCGUAAUGAAAGUACCACUCUCGAUGUCUAUUCUACAGACUGUGAAUUUGCUUUUCAUUAUUUUUAACAUCAAUGUUUUGAAAUUUGACAGCUUUACAUUUAUGUUCAUUUUCAUGAUUUACUCUGGCUAUUUAGGAGGUAGUGUUUAUCUUAAUACUUUCUUCAUUAUCACUUAAAAGAGAACUAAGGAAAUGGACAAAGCCUAAUAUUAUCAAAACAUCAAGCCAGUUGCUUUUGAAGAUCAAGAGAUUGCUAUCAAUAUUGCAUUGAUAGGUAUGGAUAUUGGCUAUAUGGUAAGCUCAGUAAUUGGACUUUUCAUGUAUCUCUAUUUUGAUUACUGA